AUGGCCGAAUCCAACGAUUACGAGGCGGAACGCCUCAAAAACAUCAAGGAGAAUGAACGCCUCAUGAAAGAGUUGGGCGUUAUGGGCGGAAGUUCAGCCAUCGGCGGUCCGUCACCCAAACGUGCUACCCCUACCAAACCCAAAAAGGCUGCUACGCCCAAGAAGAAGGCCGACACUACACCAACGCGCAUCAUGCCGAGUCGCUCCAGUGCGCGCUUGGCCGGGCACGAAGCCGAUUCCGAAACACUCAAACGCAAGUACGAGCAGGAGGCAGAGGAAGCGAGAAAGGUGGCGGAAGCAGCCAAAAGGGCGAGACAUCAGCCGUUUGAUCUGUCAGGUAUGACGGGAGGUGAGUUGGAGGAGGAAGCCAUUCUGGCGCUCGAAUCGACAUUGCAAGGGCUCGCGACGAAUGCAGCCUCUGCGGCAGAAUUGGUCGAUAUCAAGGAUGAAAAGAAACGGCGGUCAGGGAAGAAGGAGGACCCCGAAAGGUCGACGGAGAGAAAGGAGCUCGAAGAUAUCCUCAACAAGAUGACGCUCAAGUCGGCCGCCAAGGUCACGCCAAAGAGGGUCUAUUCGAUGGCGUAUCACCCUUCUACAGACAAGGAUUUGGUAUUUGUCGGUGACAAGGAGGGUUCCAUCGGUGUCUGGGACGCUGCACCUACCGCCUCUUCCUCAUCCAAAGGAAGCGUUGUCAAGAAGGAAGACGACGAGGAGGAGCAAGAUGCGGAAGAUGCCUUCCCAGAAGGCACAGCUUGGACGUUGCAAGUGCACGGCCGCAGCCCCGUUACAUGCAUCAAGUUCGAUCCGGUCAACCACAAUUCGGUCUAUUCGUGCUCGUACGACUCUACCGUUCGCAAGCUCGACCUCGCCACCGGCAAGUCGGACGAGAUCUGGGCAGGCGAAGAAGACGUGCUCCUCUCCAUCUUUGACGUCCUCUCGCCGUCAACCCACCCGAGCGCCUACAUCGACACUCCCAAUCCAUCGCUCGACGAACGCUCCAUGUGGAUCGCUGACCACCGCGGCGGCUUGCUCCACAUCGAUUUGCGCGAAAAGACCCGACGCGGCAACAACACGCGUCGAUGGCAGGUCUGCGAGAAGAAGAUCGGUGCCAUGUCGGUCAACCGUCUUGCACCACACUGCAUCGCCACUGCAUCGUUGGACCAGCACAUCAGGCUCUUUGACGUGCGUGCGCUAGCCUCGGUGGUCAAGCAAACGGCGGAUGCGCCGUACAACUACAAGGGUGUCGAUGCGGAUGAUCUGGAAGCGGCGCAGACGAAAGCGCAGUUCUCGUCGAACAAAGCGAGACAGGCGUGCACGUCAGUCGAUUUCAGCCCAAGAGGUGAUCAGCUUGUCGGCGUCUCGUACGACGAUGUUGUCAAAGUAUGGAGCAUGGAUCCCAGCUCGCUGUUCUCAGAGCACGGACUCAAGAGCCGCGCCGCCGUCACCAAGACGCACGGAACAGCCAAAGCCGGAGGUCGAAAGAGCGGUGUCAAAAAAAAAGAGCCCGACUCCUCCACCACCACCAGUCUCUUCUCGUGGCUAACGAAAGCGAAGCCGCUCAAAACCGAAGAGGACGUCGCACUCGCCAUCAAGCAAGAGCAAGAAGCACCCCCACCGUCCGCCUCGCAGCGUCCUGACGACGUCCUCGCCGACCCCACCCGCAUCCCGCACAACAAUCAGACCGGAAAAUGGCUCACCAUGUUCCGUGCCAGAUGGAACCAAAACCCUCUGCUCGAACCUCACUUUACCAUCGGCAGCAUGACCAGAAGAGCCGAAGUCUACUCUGCAGACGGCACCCUCCUGAGGAGUCUGUGGGACGAAAACCUCGUCACCGCCGUUCCUGCCGUUACGUGCAUGCAUCCUGUUCUACCAGCAAGACUCGUCACCGGAAACGCUUCGGGAAGAUGCACAUUCUGGUCCCCCGACGGAUAA